CCACGAGUUGGAUUUCUCAUCCUCUCGGCGUCCACGAGUUGGUUCCAGUUCCGUUUUUCUUUCAUCCGAAAAUCCAAGCAACCCCUUUGCCGUAAUAAUUGUGCAACGGAAAUUCCAGUCCCUCCCUCCACUUUGUUGUCAUCUCUGACCGUCAGGGAGGGGACGCGAGGAUGCGACACCGAAACGGACCUGCCUGCUUGGACCCUUCCUUCCUUCCUUGGCUUUCUUUCUUUUUCUCUAUCUAUUCGCGCCGGCGCGUGUGGCAAGCAAGCAAAUUAAAGCGGGAAUGGCAUUGCCACGCCACGGACGGCAGCCGCUGCGUGCCCGAUUUCGCUUUGCCCUUUCUCCAUUCGGGUCUUCCCCCGGCCCGCGGAAAGGCGGCGGCAUUGCGCUGAUUGGCCUCUCGCUUCCCAAUCCCACCUCCGCUCCUUUUAUCUAUCUAGAGAAUCUAUCUAUCUAUCUAUCUAUCUAUCUAUCUAUUGUGAUUUGUGAGGGGUGGGGAGGGUUCCAUUCCAUUGCCUUGCCUGCCUGCAAACAAUGGCGGCGGCCAAUGGGGAGGAGGAGGGGACUUCGCCGCUGCUGAGCAAGGAGGAGGAGCGCCGGUACCACCCGGGCUGCCCGGGCUGCGACCACGACCGGAGGAAGGAGCUCCGCACCGGGCUGCCGUACAAGGAAUUCUCCUACGUUUGGAUGAUCUGUCUUACCACCGCUUUACCAAUAUCGUCACUGUUCCCCUUCUUGUAUUUCAUGAUAAGAGAUUUGCAUGUUGCAAAAAGAACAGAAGAUAUUGGGUUCUAUGCUGGAUUUGUAGGUGCUUCUUUUAUGUUUGGUAGAUGUUUGACUUCAACUCUUUGGGGAAUAGCAGCAGAUCGUAUUGGGAGGAAGCCUGUUGUUAUGUUUGGCAUUCUCUCUGUGGUAAUAUUUAAUACUUUGUUUGGGCUUAGCGUCACAUAUUGGAUGGCAAUAGCUGCAAGGUUUCUCCUUGGCGCUUUAAAUGGCUUACUUGGACCAAUGAAGGCUUAUGCUAUUGAAGUUUGCCGACCUGAACAUGAACCUCUAGCACUAUCACUUGUCAGCACGGCAUGGGGAAUAGGUCUCAUCAUUGGUCCUGCUCUUGGAGGCUACCUUGCACUGCCUGCAGAAAAAUACCCAAAUAUAUUUUCGCCUGACUCAUUAUUUGGAAGGUUCCCGUACUUCUUACCAUGCUUAUGCACAUCAGUCUUUGCUGCCAUUGUUCUGAUAAGCUGCAUAUGGAUGCCGGAGACGUUACACAAGCAUAAAGUCAGUGAUGAUGGAAAUCAAAGUGUUGAAGCUUUGGAGGCCCAUCUGAUUGAUCCAAAAGAGGAGGUUGGACAAAGUAAUAUUUCGAAUACCAAGAAGAGCUUAUUCAAGAAUUGGCCAUUGAUGUCAUCUAUAAUUGUUUAUUGCAUCUUCUCCUUCCACGACAUGGCUUAUACAGAGGUGUUCUCUCUAUGGGCUGAAAGUGAGAGGAAGUAUGGUGGACUGAGUUUAUCAUCUGAAGAUGUAGGUCAAACACUUGCAAUUACAGGUGCCAGUCUUCUUGUGUAUCAACUAUUUAUGUACCCAUCCAUCAUUCAAGUUCUUGGACCUAUCAAAUCUUCUCAGAUCGCAGCUGUUCUGUGCAUACCUAUUCUCUUUGCCUACCCCUAUAUGACGUACCUGUCAGGACCUGGAUUAUCGAUCGUACUGAAUAUUGCAUCAGUCAUAAAAAAUAAUCUUGGUGUUACCAUCAUCACAGGCACUUUCAUCCUUCAAAACAAUGCAGUGCCUCAGAACCAAAGAGGAGCAGCAAAUGGAUUAGCCAUGACUGGAAUGUCCUUUUUCAAGGCAGUUGCCCCUGCAGGUGCUGGCAUUGUGUUCUCGUGGGCGCAGAAACGCCAGCAUGCUUUCUUCUUUCCAGGUGAUCAGAUGGUGUUCUUUCUGCUGAACAUCAUCGAGCUCCUUGGACUUGUCCUCACAUUCAGACCCUUCCUGGCCGUGCCAGAGCAGUAUGAAAGAAACUAGCCUUUAUUAUUAUAGAAUUUUUUUGGAUUAUUAAUGAGACGAUGACGAAUCAUGCGGCCCGGCAGCCGCGAGGAGAAGGGCUCAAGGGCGCCCUUGCACCAGGAUAAGAGUUGGUUACCUGUGCUUGUGUGUAACAUAUAGUAUGUUGUAGCAGCAUCUCAGAGUGGAGGUGGUGCAUAUAUAUAUAUAUAUAUAUAUAUAUAUAUAUAUAUAUAUAUAUAUAUAUAGACACACACAUGUUGUCUGGUAUAUAGAUGGUGGUGGCCAGUCAAGUUGGUUGUUUGCCAUUAGUUAGGAAGCAGCAACAUUUGUAAAACCAGUGUACAAUGCAAGACACUGUACUGGCUGGGAAGAAAUAAUCUGGUGGAAAUUGAUGGCAUUGGCAUAGUCA